AUGGUUCUCGCAGACGAUGUCGCGCGAACAGCAGACAGAGCGCCGACGAGGAAGCCAGACGCCUUCGACUUCCUAAACCGGACCGACGUGCCACGGGGACUGGAACGGAUACGAGAGCAGAGAGAAGCACGUGGCAGCCGGGCGGCGACAGGACGGGAUGACGGCAAGAGGAGGACGCGGUCGGAGCCUUUCCAUGCCCUGAAGAUGCAGAGUUCGCUGCACCAGGUGCCCUACAACAACCGCACCGCCGUCAAGCGACAGCUCGAACAAUACGACUCGUUCGACAAGUUCCCCCUCGCCGAACCUACACUACGCGCCGUGAACGAUGCACUGCCCGGCCUCGAAUACCGCAAUCCAACCCCCGCACAAGCCGUCGCUAUACCCGCCCUCCUCGGCCUGCAAAAGGCUGUGCGCGCAAAAGUAAAGACCAAGAAGAGUGGGCCAGACUCCUUCCUACUGGCAGCUGAGACAGGCUCGGGAAAGACACUGGCAUACCUUCUUCCUACUCUGGAUGCCAUCAAACAAGAGGAAGUCCGCGAGAAAGAAGAUGCCGAGGAGCAGGCUAAGAGAGAUGCUGAAGAGGCGGCACUCAAAGAACACGACAGGAGGACAGACAUGUUUGCCGUCGAGGAGCCAGAGACAAACAAGGCAGUAGACCCAGCACGACCGCGCGCAAUCAUCCUCGUCCCCUCCGCCGAACUCGUUGCUCAAGUCGGAGCCGUCGCAAAGAGGCUCUCCCACACCAUCAAGUUUCGCGCUGCUCCAAUCUCAGCCAAGAUGUCUGCCACAGUCAUCCGCAAUCAGCUCUUCAACCCCAAUGGUGUCGAUGUCGUCAUCAGCACACCACCUCUCCUCGCCAGCAUCGCUGAAAGCAACCCCAACAUCCUUGCCCGGGUUACCCACCUCAUCUGCGACGAAGCAGACUCGCUCUUCGACCGCUCCUUCAAGGAAAGCACAACCGAGAUCCUCGAACGCGCUACCCCCUCGCUCAAAAAGCUCGUCCUCUGCUCCGCCACCAUUCCAAAGUACCUUGACAAGUACCUUGCCGACCGAUUCCCCGACAUGCAGCGUCUCGUCACACCCAACCUCCACGCCAUCCCACGAAGGGUACAGCUAGGUGUCGUUGAUGUGAACAAGGACCCGUAUCGAGGCAAUAAGAUGCUCGCCUGCGCAGACACAGUCUGGCAGAUUGGCAAGGCAUCCGCCGACUUCGACCCCAACGAAGGCAAGGAAGUUAUACCCACGAAGCGUGUCUUAGUCUUCGUCAACGAACGCGAAGACACUGAAGAAGUAGCACAAUACCUUGUCAAGAAGGGUAUCGAUGCUCACGCCUUCCACCGGGACACUGAUCCCACUCGUCAGGCCAAUAUCCUCAAGUCCUUCACAAACGAUGCAUCCACCAAGGAAACUGCAGAAAACCAAGAGAAGAAGACUGAGCCGGCGAACAAGCGCAUCCUACCCAACACAAAGGUCAUUGUUACAACCGACUUGGGCUCAAGAGGUAUCGACACCGUCUCCGUUCGCCAUGUCAUUCUUUAUGAUGUCCCACAUACCACGAUCGAUUUCAUUCACCGUCUUGGUCGAACGGGUCGUAUGGGCAGGCGAGGAAGGGGUAUCGUGUUGCUUGGUCCGGGUGAUCGGGCAGAUGUCGUCAGGGAAGUCAGGGAAGCCAUGUUUAGAGGUGAAGCUCUGAUCUAA